CAACUAUAGUUGGUCGUCGCAUAAAAGUCGGGUCGCGAUGCGCGGAUGCCCGCUGCUAACUCGCCGCGCGGUAGCAGCGGUGCACGGAGCGAACGCCUGCAUACUCCGCUUCCUGCGGGUCAUUCUACUUUUAUAAGUCACUCCUGGGAGGAAAGACAUCGAAGGAAACCGGCGAGAAGAAGGGCGAGAGGCAGCAGCGAGGGUUUGCACUCCACGAUCGUCCUACUUUUCUUGCCUCCAUUUGGAAAUCUUUUAUAUAGACAAUGGCUGAGGGUGAGGAUAUUCAACCUCUUGUUUGUGAUAAUGGCACUGGCAUGGUUAAGUCUGGAUUUGCCGGUGACGAUGCUCCAAGGGCUGUUUUCCCUAGCAUUGUAGGCCGUCCACGCCACACAGGUGUGAUGGUUGGAAUGGGCCAAAAAGAUGCAUAUGUUGGGGAUGAGGCUCAAUCGAAGCGAGGUAUUUUGACCUUGAAGUAUCCUAUUGAGCAUGGUAUAGUGAACAAUUGGGAUGACAUGGAAAAGAUAUGGCAUCACACAUUCUACAACGAGCUUCGAGUAGCCCCGGAAGAACACCCAAUUCUCCUCACUGAGGCUCCUCUCAAUCCGAAGGCUAAUCGUGAGAAGAUGACCCAAAUCAUGUUUGAGACCUUCAAUGCUCCUGCGAUGUAUGUUGCUAUCCAAGCAGUCCUCUCGCUGUAUGCCAGUGGACGCACAACUGGGAUUGUGCUGGAUUCUGGUGAUGGUGUUAGCCACACAGUGCCAAUCUAUGAAGGAUAUGCGCUCCCGCAUGCUAUACUUCGUCUGGAUUUAGCAGGGCGCGACCUCACUGACAACCUCAUGAAAAUUCUAACAGAGCGCGGUUACUCAUUCACUACCACUGCUGAGCGUGAAAUUGUCCGGGACAUGAAGGAAAAGCUUUCGUACGUUGCUCUUGACUACCAGACACAGCUGGAGACUUCCAAGAGUGACUCUUCGGUAGAGAAGACCUAUGAACUCCCUGAUGGACAGGUGAUCACCAUUGGUGCCGAGAGGUUCCGCUGCCCGGAGGUCCUUUUCCAGCCAUCCCUGAUUGGGAUGGAAGCUGCAGGCAUUCAUGAAACCACCUAUAACUCCAUCAUGAAGUGUGACGUGGAUAUCAGGAAGGAUCUCUACGGAAACAUCGUUCUCAGUGGAGGAACCACCAUGUUCGACGGCAUUGCUGACAGGAUGAGCAAGGAGAUCAUUGCUUUGGCUCCAAGCAGCAUGAAGAUCAAAGUGGUAGCUCCUCCUGAGAGAAAAUACAGUGUUUGGAUUGGAGGCUCCAUCUUGGCAUCACUCAGCACCUUCCAACAGAUGUGGAUUGCCAAGGCAGAGUACGAUGAGUCUGGGCCAUCAAUAGUGCACAGGAAAUGCUUCUAACUUUCUGGAUUUAGGCAUCGAGUUCAACUCGGACACAAUUCAUUAGAUAUUCUGUUGCUGCGUUUUGUUUGUUUUUUGUUUUUGUUUUGCACAUUUCCUCUUGUUUGUUUUUCAUAUGUUUUUGGAAAUCAAUUUGUUGGACCACAUUCGUUAUGAACUAUGAUUUCCAUUUUACCUUUAUUCUAUAA